AUGGCAGCAUCAGGUAUACCAGGUGAACAAGUUGAACCUCGUCAAACUCUCCCUACGGAGGAUAUGGAACCUGAUCCUAGUAAAAGUAUUCCACUUCCUCCUAAUCGACAAAAAUUGAUAGAUGAUGUGAUCGCUUUGUAUAGUUGUCAAUGGACUGUAGAGAGGAUAGCUAGGUAUGCUCCUGCUUGCGUAUAUGACGAUCAAUUCGUUUAUGCCAAUGAUCGUUACAAGAUGGCCGGACAAUGGGUAGGAUUGGAGAAGAUCUUCCCAAAGUCGGAGAAUCUUGGUUACGAGAUCCGCUGGUCCUUCUACCUCAUCCCGAAACAAGCAACGAUCAACGCUCUGGUCAGUCUUGUACUCGACCCAGCCACGAAAGAUUCCGACUUUCCUCUGAUCCUUUACCACAAGGACCAAGCCAAUGAGAAAGAUUAUUCGCACGAAGGGUUCGGGUUCAAGUUCAAAAAGAUCCAAGCGGAUAUCGUGUCGAAGCUCAUGUCGUCCAAAGAGGUAAAAUGGUUCAAGGACGAUGAACGAGCGGCCAAAGAGCCAGUGAAAAAGUAUGGAAGUGGGACCAAUGAAGCGCCAUUGGCUGAGCAUGUUUGA